CUUUCAAUAUCGGAGGUAGCAUAUAAGAAUGUUUCCGGAGCAAUCCUUCCUCUUCACGUCUGCUACGGGUUGGCAACCAUGGUGAACGUGCCAAAGACCCGCAGGACCUACUGCAGGAAGUGCAAGAAGCACCAGCCCCACAAAGUUACCCAGUACAAGAAGGGAAAGGACUCUUUGUACGCACAGGGUAAGAGGCGUUACGACAGGAAGCAGAGCGGUUAUGGUGGCCAGACGAAGCCAAUCUUCCGUAAAAAGGCUAAGACCACAAAAAAGAUUGUGCUAAGGUUGGAGUGUGUGGAGCCCAACUGCAGGUCCAAGAGAAUGCUGGCUAUCAAGAGAUGCAAGCACUUUGAACUGGGAGGAGACAAAAAGAGAAAGGGCCAGGUCAUCCAGUUCUAAGCUGCAUCUUGUGUUUUUGAAAUUAAAUCUUGUCAAUAAACAAUUUGUUUCAAAA